GAACCCAUAAAAUUAAGCAAGCUACAAGCUUAAGAGCCUAAAAGUAUAGAAAUACAAUAUCAAAACAAGAAAGAAAGAAAGAGAGUGGUAAGAUGGUGAUGGAAGUCGAGAUAGAGCAAGUUCUUCACAUGAAAGAUGGGCAAGAUGAUACCAGUUACGCUAAUGCAUCCUAUAUGCAGAAACAAGUGAUAUCGUUAACGAAACAUAUAAAAGAGAAAGCAAUAAAAGAGUUGUAUUGCAAGAAACAACCAGCAACCUUACGCAUAGCAGACUUGGGGUGUUCCAUGGCUAAUAGCUUGACUGUGGUGUCCGAUCUCCUAGCAACCAUCGAUAAGGCUCGUCGAGGGCUCGAAAAUGGCCCCCAAGAGUAUCAAGUUUACUUGAAUGAUCUCCCAAGGAACGAUUUUAACGCCAUCUUUAGGUCAUUGGGAUGCUUUGAAGAUAAGCUUAAACAACAAUUAGGAAAUGAUUUUGGGUAUUGUUUUGUGAAUGGUGUUCCUGGCUCUUUUUAUGGUAGGCUUUUUCCAACUAACCACUUGCAAUUUGUCCAUUCUUCAUAUAGCCUACAUUGGCUAUCUCAGGUGCCAGAUGAGAUAGAGGACAACAAAGGGAACAUAUUCUUAGCAAGAACAAGUCCAUCUAAUGUGCUUGAAGCUUACUAUAAACAAUUUGAAAAGGAUUUUUCAAUGUUUCUAAGGUGUCGAUCCGAAGAAGUAAUAGAAGGAGGGAUGAUGGUGCUUACUAUAUUAGGAAGGAAAAGCAGUGAAAUUUAUAGUAAGGAGUCUUGUAACAUGUUUGAUCUUCUUGCUACCGCGAUUAAUGACAUGGUUAUUGAGGGUUUCAUUGAGGAAGAGAAGCUUAAUAAAUUCAAUAUCCCUAUUUACACUCCAUCAGCAACAGAGCUAAGAUUUUUGGUGGAGAAAGAAGGAUCAUUUACUCUAAAUGAAGAUCAUGUUUCUGAAGUAAGUUGGGAAGCAAAUGAUCUUAACAAAAACUCUUCUACGGCCGUACAUUAUGACUUUGUCAAAUGUGUAAGAUCAGUGGCGGAACCCUUUCUCAUACUUCAUUUCGGAGAAACUAUCAUUGAAGAAAUUUUCUUAAGGUAUACCGAACUUGUUCAAGUCUCGGUGGCUAAGGAAAAGAGUGUAUUCAUCAAUGUCACGGUGUCGCUAACGCGAAAGGGUUGAUUAUUCAUGAAGGAAACUCAAUUACUUGUUGUUUAUUUGAACAAGGAUUUUCUACAACAAUUUAAAUGGUACUAAAAAAUAAGCUCAUCUAAGCUUUGUUACGUUCUUCUUUGUUUGUUGUGUUCUUUAGAGGUCCAAAAACUUCAGGAAGUAAUUCUUGGAAUUUUCUAAUGUUUUCUGUUUAAUUUUUUUAUUAUCGACAAAUUUAAUGAGAUGGUGAAAUUGUUUAUAAAUAUGUUUUGAAUCUUAUACAUCUUGUACUGUGUUUCAAGCUUUUGCUAUUAUUCUUGGUACUAUAUAGAUAGAUGCCACUACGCUACC